CUAGGCAUGCAGACUGCUUCUACAAACAUUUGUGAAAGAAUGGGUCGCUCUCAGGAGCUCAGUGACUCCAAGCGUGGUCCUGUGAUAGGUCGCCUCUUGUGCAAUAAGUCCAUCCGUGCCAUUUCCUGGCUACUAAAUAUUCCACGCUCAACUGUUAGUGGGAUUAUAACAAAGUGAAAGCAACUGGGAACAAUAGCUAUAACAAGCACACCACCACUGGGCUCUAGAGCAGUGGAGAUGUGUUCUCUGGAGUGACCAAUCACGCUACUCUGUCUGGCAAUCCAAUGGACACGACUGGGUUUGGCGGUUUCCAGGAGAAUGGUACUUGAUUGACUGCAUUAUGCCAAGUGCAA